AUGACCCAAGAUGCCCCCUCCGACCUGCGCUACGUGCGGUACGACAGUGCCCGCGAGAACGAGUAUGUCACCGCCAUGCGCCAACUGAUCUCCAAAGAUCUGUCCGAGCCCUAUAGUAUCUACGUCUACCGCUACUUCCUCUACCAAUGGGGAGACCUCUGUUUUCUGGCUAUGGAUGACAAGGACGAGAUGGUCGGUGUGGUGGUGUCGAAACUGGAGCCGCAUCGUGGUGGCCCACUGCGAGGGUAUAUCGCCAUGCUGGCCGUGCGCGAGGAAUACCGGGGCCGGGGUAUUGCGACAAAAUUAGUGCGCAUGGCCAUCGACGCUAUGAUUGAGCGGAAUGCGGAUGAAAUCGUCCUCGAAACCGAAAUCACCAACACCGCCGCAAUGAAGCUGUAUGAGCGACUAGGCUUCUUACGGAGCAAGCGACUACAUCGAUAUUAUCUGAAUGGCAACUCAGCCUACCGGCUCGUCCUAUAUCUUAAGGAAGGAGUUGGUUCGAUCAGAACGUCAUUUGACCCGUAUCCACCCCCGCCCCCAGUCCCGGCCUUUGAUCAGUUCUUUCAUGGACCUGCUGCCACACAAGGCAAUGGUAGUUGA